UAGUAAUCUACCUAGAAUAGAAACAAGAUUGCAGCUCGUCAGGUAAUAAUGUGGCGGGAACCAUUUGCCUAUUAAUGAAACCUUUUUUUACCAACAAUAACAAAUCAUUGCGUUUAUGUCUGAAUGUGUAGAGACUAUAAUUACAACUUUACACAAAUUCUUAAUAUUUAUUACUUGUGAAUAGCGCUGGGGAGUCAAAAUUGACCAAUGUUUAUCGCGCAGCUAAUCCAGAGAGAGCGGCCAAUCAGUGCGCCAGAAAAACCCCGCGAACAUUUCGAUUUGUUUUGGCGGUAAAAGCUGCCGUAGAGCGCGGUAAAUCUAUGGAGCCGUAGUGUGCAGUCAUGUCGGAAAAGUGUCGUGAAGAAUCGCAGUUUUCAACGCCAAAACGGCAGCCGAAUGGUGCAAUCAGUGGAAUGUCGUUCUCGGGAAGUCCACCGAUGAAGGAUAAUACCCUGUACCCUUGGAAUUGGGGAGAAAGUCUGUGUAAAGUGGAGCUCAGCAGUCCCUGUUGCAGUAGCGGGAGCAACUCUUGUGACAGCCCUGAUCCAAGAAGCUGUGAAUCUAAAAGAGGACGUCCACGGGCUGAUGCUAUCAACUCUCUUAUUAUCGAAGGUGCUCAGUCUCCUAGCAGUAUUAAGUGUCCCAUUUGCAACAGAGUCUUUCCAAGAGAGAAAUCACUUCAGGCUCAUCUUCGGACUCAUACUGGUGAGCGUCCAUACCAGUGUGAUUUCCCUGGGUGUACAAAGGCAUUCACGCAGAGUGGGCAGCUUAAAACCCACCAGAGACUACAUACAGGCGAGAAACCUUUCAUCUGCUCAGCUCCAGGUUGUACAUCCAGAUUCACCCAUGCCAAUCGUCACUGUGCUGAGCACCCUUAUGCCACCCUUCAGCGGACUUCAGAUCUAAACAUCAACCCACAGCUCUCUCCUGCAGAAUGUACUGAUGAUGUCUUGCAGUGGUUAGAGAAAUAUCGCCAUGAGAAAAUGGAGCGAACACCAGCUAAAGUCCGUAAAAACAAACGUGAACUGGAUGGCACGCCUGAAACUCCACAUACUCCACACUCCCCAACUUCAGAUUCUGAUAUAAUGUCUCCCCCACCAGUUAAGCGCACCAAAUCCCGCCGUGGUCUCGGUCCAUUAAUGGAACAACAGCAAAAUCUCCCUGACAGCCGUGAAACCACUGCUUACCAAACGCAUCUUACAGAUGAAAAUUUGUAUACGUCUCCUGGUAGUUAUGGCGGAGAUGAAAAUAAAUAUGGAGACUAUCAUCGCCCACAGCGUCAUCUGCCAACAUCACAUCAUGGUCGUGUAUUGCAGAAUACACAAAACUUGCAGAGUCCUGCCAAAACACAUACUUACCGUGGCUUUGAUAUGGAUGGGAUAAAGCCAUUGGUUGAAAAUGAGGAUAAUGUUUACACACAUGUUUCAGUAAAUAGUGGUCUUGGCUCACAUGAGCCUCCUCAGCUCUCAUUCCAAGAACCCAAGGUUAUUCUUGAAGUAGACUUUCCAAAUACAUGUACACUGGAAAUGAAUAGUACUCACUUAGGUCUUCCUGAACAUUUUUUGGAAAGUGAUCAGGUAUUGGUUGGAUUACCUUGGAAUAUCAGGCCAACUGAAGAUCAUACAGUUCCUCCAGUGGAGCUGUCAGAUAAGAAAACCUUCACUGAAAGCUACCAAGAACAGUUGCCAAAUGUAGUACUUUCUCUUCCAGAAGCACAUCUUUCAUCCACCAUUGCCACCGAAUCUACAGAUCAUGUUGGUGACAAAUCCCAAUUUUCUGACAAAACCCCACAGGCAGAAGAGACUUGGCGCAUGAGGCAGCCCAAGAAGAGAUGGCUACGAGAAGCUCGUCUUGAACAGGGGGAACUGGAAAAUACCAGACGCAGUGCAGAUCAAGAGAACCAAACCCGACCCUCUGUUGUUGUCAAGGCUUCCUCUUCACUUUGUACUCCAGUAAUGGGUCAACUUCCUGGAGGAGAAACUAAGGAGAAAUGGAUGGGAGCUAUGGCUCUUAUACAGCUUGCAGAGGUCACAGAGGAUGUAUCUCAACCAUUGAACCUUUCUACUGCACGAUACACUACUCUUUAAUAUUCAAAACAAAUAUAUAUAUAUAUAUACACAGCACUGUACUAUUGGAAAAAAAAACUGGAAAUGUUAAGACAGGUUAUCUGCAGAAAUAACCUCGUCCUGAGCUUAACAACUUGUGUUGUAAAGUUGCUAUGCGUCUCCUACUGCUAGUCGUCUGCGCAAUCAGUAACAAAACAUGUCAAAAUGCUUUUAUGCUUUAUUAUAGUUAUAUAUUCUCCAUGUUAUUUUACAGUUUCAUUAAAUUGAAUUUAUGACCACAUGUAGAUACCCGAAUCUCCUAACUCAAUACUUGUAAAUGUGGAGAAUUUUAUUUAAAUUUUUUCAAUUUUAAUUAACCUUGUACCUGGAAUACGCCUUUAUUCAGAUUUAGUUACUUUAUAUUUUAUUUGAUUCAUUCUGUGUAAAGGCGCUUUAUAGUUACUACUAAAGGACUAUAUUUGCUGUAUAUAAUUGAAUUAUGUUGUAGCUUUAUAUUGAUGAACAAGUAUUGAUUCCCAGUCACAUAUGUACAUGAAUAAAUUUAUAUCUUAA